AUGGCCACAGCUCACGUAUUUUCAGCAUUAAUCUUGCUAAUCUCCGCAUCACUCCUCACGAAAACGAUAACGGCAUAUAUGAGUGAUGAUUCGACUAAAAUUGGAAUACCGCCUGUAUGUAAGACCUUCUCAAGUGACGCACGAUGUGAUAAGCUGACCAUUGCUGUGGUGAGUGCAUAA